UAUUUUGAAAGCGCAAGAACCUUUUCCGCAACUUCUUUCCCUAAAAAAAUCGACUUUUCGAUUAGUUGCGUGAUCUUUUGCCAUUUGACCUUUGGAACGGAAAUCGCCCCGACGGCCAAACAGUGAAAACGGGAGCAGUAUGUUGUCGAGGAUUAAGGAUUUUCUCUACCGACACCGGAGGAAAUUCAUCACCACCGGCGUGGUAAUUGGUGGUAGCGUGUUCCUGCUGAAAUGGUUACAGUACAAGCUGCGGGAGCUUCAAGAACGACACGCGAAGGAAAUUGGUGAGAAAUUAAAACGCAUGCAGCAUUACGAGUGCACUGAUCGUACGUGCAAUCAAACGAUUCUGGGGAUAGCGCCAAGCUUGUCGGACAAAAUAGUUCAAAAUCUCCAAACGGACGAUAUACUGGCAAAGCUGCGUUCCAAUCCGGACAACAAGCUGGAGCUUUGGGAAGAACUUCGAAUCGUUGCCUUCACGCGGCUCAUAACGGUCGUCUACGGAGCAUCGAUGCUGGCCGUAACGUUGAGGGUGCAGAUCAACAUCCUCGGGGGUUACUUGUACAAAGCUGCCGUAGAGGAGGAGAGUGGCCAGCAGCAAUCGAAAACGCUCGAAGUGCAGACGGCGUAUCUUUCCCUGAUACAGCACUUUAUGCGAGAUGGUAUCGUACGUCUGAUCGAAGUUAUCCGCCCGAACGUGGCCACCGUGAUGCAGCGAUACAAAUUAAAGCAGCAGCUCACAUUAGCCGACACGGAAACGCUGCUCUGGUCGAUCGAAAUGGCGUUGAACAACGAGAAAGGAAACCCGAUCGAAAACAUGGCUUCGUACACCUUGCCGAAUCCCGGUGUCACGCUGGCCAGCGUUGACGGUGCACUCAACAGUAUGUUCCAGGAAACGUUAGACGUAUUGGAGAGUAUGGAAUCCACACAAGUGGGUCUAGCGAACAUAAGCAUAGGCUUUUCGAAGGUUAUGGAUAAACUGGCCGAAUACUACAUGACGUCCGGCACCAGUGGUCCGAACAAAAAUUCCAAUUCUAACCUGAACGUGGAAAGUAUCGCCAACAUCAAUGGAAUAACAAUUUCUCUCGCUAAGCUGAUACCGAUUGUGAAUGGGCUCGCAAAUAAGGUGACCCUACCGGCAAACGGCGGAAUGGUCAGCAACGGGUUGGUACCUUCGCUACCAGGCGAGACGGACCUGAUGUCGUCCAUGAUUGUGCAUUUUCUACACUCGGAAAAGCUUCGAACGCUUGGGGCCAACGUUUACGAAACAUUCUGUCAUUAGGAGUAGGAGCUGCUCUAACAUUCUGUAUCAUUUUAGACGAGUAGGUUUAGUGUUCUAGCUUUUACUGGAAGUACACGCGACGGUGGCAAAUCUACGUGCGAGCUCCGGUAUGAUAUGGUUGCUUAGCAUUCUUUCGAUCCAUCAUCAGCUUUUGGGUGAGUUUGAUAGUCGGUCACACGACAGGAUCGGUACAAAAAUCUAUCCGGGCUAUUCCCCUGCAGCAAGGACUGCGUGUCCGGGUUAAAGUAAGUUUGGUAAUCAAGAAAAGGGCAGGAAUCAACUAAGUAGAACGUGACGCCAAGAACAAGAAGUAUGGCAGCAAAAACAUUCGCUAGCAUAUAGAUUUUAAUUUGGGAACUUAGCCCCGGGCUGGAUAGGUAAGGCUUCGAUCAAUAAAUGUGAUGGUUACGUUUUUUUUAAGUUGGAAAAGGUGCGGUGUGAGUCGUGUUUGAAUAACGUAAAGGUAGCCCGAUAACUGGUAUUUGUUAUCUUAUCAAAUCGUGUGAAAUCGUUUAUAAAGGCGGGAUGGUAACAGUUUAAAGUGGUAGUCACAAAAGAAUAACUACUCCGAAUAAGGGAAA